GUCUUCUCAACUCUGAUCGGCAAAGAGAGGAGAGAGCUCAGUCCAGACUCCGGAGGAAGCGAGACAGCGAAUUUGGAACCUGAGAGUGCUGAUGCAGUCGAAGGGUAGGCUUCACAACCGCAGAUCGAGGAGCUUUUCAAGAUCCAGACUCGCCAUCGAAGGAUCAUAGCCAUAGUUUCCUAGCUCUCGAUUUUUUUUUCUCAGUUUAUAGAUUGCGCCAUCCUUGGGGAAAAAUCGUCUCUUUCUUGUUCCCUUGUGUUUUCUCUCAGAAAAUGUCUGCGUAUGGUGAGGAGCGUGAAAUCCAAAAGAAUUACUGGAAAGAGCACUCUGUAGGAUUGAGUGUUGAGGCCAUGAUGCUUGAUUCCAAAGCUGCUGACCUUGACAAAGAAGAACGACCUGAGAUACUUGCGCUUCUUCCACCCAUUGAAGGGAAGACAGUGCUAGAGUUUGGUGCUGGCAUUGGCCGUUUCACUACUGAAUUAGCUCAGAAGGCUGGCCAGCUCAUUGCGGUUGACUUCAUUGAAAGUGUUAUUAAAAAGAAUAAAAAAAUUAACGGCCACUACAAGAACGUCAAAUUUAUGUGCGCUGAUGUCACAUCCCCGGAUAUGAAAUUUCCUAAUGACUCUGUGGAUCUGAUAUUCUCCAACUGGCUACUGAUGUAUCUUUCUGAUAAAGAGGUUGAAGAUUUAGCGAAAAAGAUGUUACAAUGGACAAAGGUUGGUGGGUAUAUUUUCUUUCGGGAGUCUUGCUUCCAUCAGUCUGGUGAUAACAAGCGCAAGUACAACCCAACACACUACCGUGAACCCAAAUUUUACACAAAGCUUUUCAAAGAAUGCCAUAUGAAUGACGAUGCUGGGAAUUCAUACGAGCUUUCUUUGGUUAGUUGUAAAUGUGUUGGAGCUUAUGUGAGAAGCAAAAAGAACCAGAACCAGAUAUGCUGGCUUUGGCAGAAAAUCAGUUCGGAUAAUGAUAGGGGCUUCCAACGCUUCUUGGACAAUGUCCAGUACAAGUCUAGUGGUAUCUUACGCUAUGAGCGUGUCUUUGGACAAGGUUUUGUGAGCACAGGGGGACUUGAGACAACAAUGGAAUUUGUGGAUAUGCUGGAUCUUAAACCCGGUCAGAAAGUUCUUGAUGUCGGAUGCGGAAUCGGAGGAGGGGACUUCUACAUGGCUGAGAACUUUGACGUGGAUGUUGUGGGCAUUGAUCUAUCUGUAAACAUGAUCUCUUUUGCGCUCGAACACGCAAUAGGACUCAAAUGCUCUGUAGAAUUCGAAGUAGCUGAUUGCACCAAGAAGGAGUAUCCUGAUAAUACAUUUGAUGUUAUUUACAGCAGAGACACCAUUCUGCAUAUCCAAGACAAACCAGCAUUGUUCAGAACAUUCUACAAAUGGUUGAAGCCAGGAGGAAAAAUCCUUAUUACUGAUUACUGCAGAAGCCCCAAAACCCCAUCUUCAGACUUUGCAAACUACAUCAAGCAACGAGGUUAUGAUCUUCAUGAUGUACAAGCAUACGGUCAGAUGCUGAAAGAUGCAGGAUUCGAGGAGGUAAUCGCAGAGGAUAGAACCGAUCAGUUCAUGAAAGUGCUGAAACGGGAACUGGACGCAGUGGAGAAGGAGAAGGAUGAAUUCAUCAGCGACUUCUCGAAAGAGGAUUACGAGGAUAUUGUAGGCGGGUGGAGCUCAAAGCUGCUCAGGAGCUCAAGUGGUGAGCAGAAGUGGGGUCUUUUCAUCGCCAAGAGAAACUGAUUCUGGCGGCAGUGUUAUAAUUAAAAAUACUUUUAAGUUGAAAAUAAAUUCGGGUAUGUAUGUAGAUCAUCAAAGACCGAGUUCCCUGCUGUUAUCUCUUCAAGCUAUACUGUAUGUAGCUGUGAGCUUCCUUUAUAUGUCUCUAUUUUAAAGCCUAUCCAGUUUGGUAUUUUAAUAUAAUGUGAUAUUUUGAAA